GUAGAGUUUCCUUAGAUGGGCGGAUUUGUAGCGCCUCGGUUGACAUUGUUGUUGUUGUGGGAGUAGGAAUGUAGUUAAUCGUCAAGUCUUUCCAAGACAAGAAGUGAGACGUAUUUUUUCAAUUAUACCUGAACAACAAAUUACCCCAGAGGAGGACAACGCCGGGACGAUUUUCAGCGAGCAGAAAGAGCGCAAGUGAGAAAUGAGAGAGAAAUUCCGCGAGGCCGCUCGAGGUGUGGCCAAAACGUUGCUUUUGCAGUAGGGGAGAAUUGUUCUCCAGUUUUUUCUCUGUCCUAAUGUCCCCGUCUGCACCGUAAAUUCAUGAUCACAUGACUUUGGAUAUGGACGCAGUCCUGUCCGACUUUGUCCGUUCUACUGGAGCUGAACCUGGACUGGCCAGAGACCUGCUUGAGGGCAAGAACUGGGACCUCACAGCUGCCCUGAGUGACUUUGAGCAGCUGAGACAAGUUCACGCCGGUAACCUGUCAUGCACCUUUACGGAGGACAGAGAUUACCCAAGCAUUGAAAAGGAGAUGGCACGAACACCACGUCCGCUCUUGCAUCGCCAGGAUGACGUCGUGCAAGCAGCCACAGAGAAGAGACUUUCGAGAGGGAUUUCUCACGCCAGCUCCACCAUCGUCUCCCUGGCCCGUUCGCAUGUAUCCAGUACGGGUGGCGUCAACGAGCCUCUGCUAGACACGCCGCUCUGCACCUUCCAGCUGCCCGAUCUUACCGUCUAUAGAGAUGACUUCCGCGGCUUCAUCGAGAGAGACCUUAUCGAGCAGUCGAUGAUGGUGGCAUUGGAGCAGGCUGGGCGGCUUAAUUGGUGGACUCGUUUGGGUACUGCCAGUCAGAGCUUAUUGCCACUGGCUACUAGUGGAGAUGGGAACUGUCUGUUACAUGCAGCCUCUUUGGGUAUGUGGGGCUUCCAUGAUCGGGACCUAAUGCUGCGUAAGUCUCUCUAUGCACUGAUGGAUCAUGGGCAGGAGAGGGAGGCUUUAAAGCGCAGAUGGAGAUGGCAACAAACCAUGCAGAACAAAGAGUCGGGUUUGGUGUACACAGAAGAGGAAUGGCAGAAGGAGUGGAAUGAACUGUUGAAGCUGGCAUCCAGCGAACCCAGAAUACACUACAGCACCAAUGGCACCAAUGGCGCCGAGUCACAAGAAGAGCCGGUAUACGAGAGUCUAGAGGAGUUUCACGUGUUCGUUCUGGCCCAUGUUCUCCACAGGCCCAUAGUGGUGGUGGCCGACACCAUGCUGCGGGACUCUGGAGGAGAAGCAUUUGCACCAAUCCCAUUUGGAGGGAUUUACCUUCCUCUGGAAGUAGCUGCCAACAAGUGUCACCGCUCCCCGCUUGUUCUGGCUUACGACCAGGCACAUUUCUCCGCCCUAGUUUCAAUGGAGCAAAAGGACGGUUCAAAAGAACAAGUGGUGAUCCCUCUGACGGACUCUGAUCAUAAGAUGUUGCCUUUGCACUUUGCUGUGGAUCCCGGGGCAGAUUGGGAAUGGGGAAAAGAUGACAAUGACAAUGUGAUGUUAGCAAGUGUAACUUUAUCUCUGGAGGCCAAGCUCCAUCUGCUGCACAGCUACCUGACUGUGACUUGGCUUCCUCUGCCAUUUGAGGUACAGCAGGCCCCACUGGCCCAACCAGAGUCACCUACAGCGUCCGCAGGUGAGGAUGCCCGCACCCCGCCAGACUCCGGAGAGUCCGAUAAGGAGUCUGUCAGCAGCAGUUCCAAUGGAAACGGAGACGGUAGUGCAGGCGGAACCAGUGGAACAACUGGCAAAACUAGUGGUGGAUCUUCAAGUUCCUCAAGCUCGUCCAGUAACAGCUCGGCAGGGAUGACCGGCACACUGGGCAAGGAGAAAGGCAAAAAAGACAAAGAAAAAGAUAAAGACAAGAAACGGGCAGACUCGGUUGCCAACAAGCUGGGUAGCUUUGGCAAGAGUCUGGGCAGUAAGCUGAAGAAGAAUGUAGGAGGUCUGAUGACAGGAAAAAAUGCAAGUGGGACUGGAGGCAAACAGGAUGGUCAGGAAAAGAAGAAAGGCUCACUGAAAGGUAGUAAAGGGAGUAAGGAGAGCUGUCCCUCCAAUCAGACCGGCUCUGAGGACUCCGGAAAAGGUUCCCCGUCCUCGAACAGCGAGCGGCAAAACGGAAACUGCUCAUCGGAAAGUGACACUUAUAAAUACAGCUCGGACGUGAAGGUGAGUCUCAGCAUUCUCCGAUCCGCUAUGCAAGGCGAAAGGAAGUACAUCUUUGCCGCAGCACUCGCUACAAGCAACCGGCAGCCUUUCCAAGAAGAGAUGAUCCAGCGCUACCUGUUGGACGCAGAGGAGCGUUUCCAUGCAGAGCAGGAACAACGGAGAGAAGCCGAACGGAAAGCACCGGGUGGUCUAGCACCAACCCCCGGAUCCCAGUUGAAAAAAGACGGGCCGGAUCUAUGUUACAGAAGUUAUGAAACCAAGGAAGAAGCUACUGACAACUCUGCUCCUACCUUCACAAUAAAGCCCUCUGCUUUCACCCCAUUAAUGUACUCUGGUGUGGUUCCCAUUCCCAGGCCCACCAUCAUUGAUCACGCACCUCCCACACUUACCCAGCAUAUGCACAUGCACGGUUACUUGGAUACGCGACGGCAACUUGCGGGAGGCGCGCCUUCCUCUUACCCCGGCCUGCCGUCUUACGCCACGCUUCCACGGCACUGCCCCUUGGCGCAGGGCCCUCCACAUAUCCAAUACCAACCGCCCUCCGCCACUUUGGCUAGCCCGUCCCGUAUCAACCCCUGCUUGUCGUCUUUUCCCCACGAACGUGAGCCUGCCGAUUACCCACCCGAAACGACAGGAGGAGGGUACACGAAUGGCUUGCGGGACUUUCGGUCUACAUUGGACAGUCGCAAUGGCCCAAUGCCUGUCAGGCAUUAUUCCUUAGGCAGCGCAGGCGGCCUGGCCAACCUGCCGUCCAGCAAAUGCCGAACGCCUACCUGCAAUUUCUACGGCCACCCGGAGACAGGCAACUACUGCUCGUGCUGCUACAAAGAGGAGUUGAAGAGGAGGGAAACAGAUCCAACCAUCCAUAGGUUUUGAAUGGAAAGUCUGUUCUCCUAAAGGACUAUGCGAGCUACAUCAUAUCCUCUUUGCCUGGAUCUUGUCUUAACACGAGAGUUCCUGGGAGGACAAUGAUGAUUCGCCAUGGAAAUGGGACUGCUGUUGUGUUACGUUUGCUGUGGCUCAUAGGCAGGUGUUUCAAGCUCUGCCGGUCGUGGUCAUCCUCGUACCCGUCUCCCCCUAGUGGCAAGCAUGCAGAGCACAUGCAACGUGCAAAGAACAAAUGCAUAGCAUACCCCCAAAAAACACGUUGAGCAAAACCAUAAAAUACGUAUUGUGUAAAAAAGACGAUAAGAAAUGGGAUUGUGCUGCAGUCGAUAAUGUUAUCCACAUUAGCCCAGUUUUACUUUAAUGCUCUGUUACUUUAUUCUGCACCAAUUUUAAAGCUAUACCUGGCUUGAAUUAGACGUCCUACCUUCUUUAAGAUUCAACUUUUUAAUCGUAUGGAGCUGAACCUUGACAGCCAAAGGUUCCCAGUCACCCGUUCACACAUUUUGAGCUACCGCUGUUUAUCUUCAAAGUGUAAAAUGUGUCCCAGCCUAAUAUUAACUCACUUCAUAUGCCCCAUUCAUUCAUAAAUGGUACAUUGUGCUGUCUUUACGCUAACGCUAAUCGAUUAGCUUUAGUAAAAAAGGUACUCGCAGGUCAAAGAGGGCUAAUGUUGAAAACAUUUUCCAACAUUGUGAAAGUAAGCUCCAUUCUUUACCAAAUUAAAUAUUGUUUCUGGGUUAACAUUGGGGUGUGCUAUCCUCAAAUUCACUGGAUUUAUAUUUCACGAUUAUCGCCUCAGUUACUCGUGACCGAGCAGUCGCUGCACAAAAUCAAGCACUUUUCUAACGUCCCAAUGUUAUGCGUGUACAGGUGCGGGCCUUAGACGUGACCGUGACAGACUGUUAUGUUUCUGUGCUCUCGUUGGACAGCAGCUUCACUCGUGUAGACUGUGCGGAGGUCAGGGUUUGACUUUCGGUGCCACUGUGUCGUUCGCAGGUUCACCUCUUUCCUAGUUGCCUUUUUAGUCUUAGUUCAGUCCUCCGGACCAGGGGAUCGUUGAACUGAAUUUAUACUUUUGGGUUGUCUGUGUUUGUGGAUGCAGAGGAUACUCGCAUGUCCUCCGGUAUAUAAACUUUGAUGCUCUGUGCGUCUUGAUUUUAUCAACGUACCCUUUCAAAGCCAGCUAGUCGUAUUAAUGGGUUAGGUCACCUAAAAUGAUCAUUAUAAAUAGUCACUAUUUAUUUACCCUCGUUUACCAAGUCCAGUGGAAAACAUAAGGUGAUCGUCCUGGGCAUUUCCACACAAAUAUUUAAAUGUUGAGCUCCAAAAAACAUAAGUUGUGCACUAUUAAGUUUUCAGAUUUUUUUUAACCAUUAUUUACUUUCGGCCCGUUCUUCAGAACCUACAAUACCGUGCACGAGUCGUUUGAACAAGUUUUAAUACUUUUAUGUUGCUGCUUUUUCAAGCUUUGGUCCGUAUCGACUUUCAUUAUAUGCCCUAAAUAAAUAUGUUUUACAAGUUUUAAAGGGCGUGAGGGUGAAUAAAUAAAGACAAUUUUUUCAUUCUUGUACUGUCCCUUUAAAUUCUCAUCGCUCAUGUGAAAUGGGGUGUUAUUGUACUGUAAGAGGAUGUUUCCAUCUUCAUUUGAAUAGCUGAUGUGUGCAACCGGUGUACCAUAUUGGUAGUAAAGCUAAUAAAUUAAAUUAAAGCUAAUAAAGUAAAUUAAAAUACUUUUCAUUUGGCGCCCCCUUGCAUUUCUCGUUUAAGUUUUUUCAAUCACUCUACACUGCAAAAAAUGAUUUUCAAGAAAACAAAUUCUUAGUAUAUUUGUCUUGUUUUCAGUAAAAAUAUCAAAAAACUCUUAAAUUAAGAUGCUUUUUCUUGAUGAGCAAAACGACCCAAGAAAAUAAGACCAAAAAUAUCAAAUUUAAUUGAUUUUGUGCAUAAAACAAGCAAAAAAAUUGCCAAUGGGUUAAGCAAAUUUUUAUUGCAUUUUUCUUGAAUUUAGUGUUUAAGAAAAAUUUUCAAGAUUUUUUUGCUCACCCCAUUGGCAGAUUUUUUUGCUUGUUUUAUGCACAAAAUCACUCAAAUUAUUUUUGGUCUAAAAACUAGACUUAUUUUGCUCAUCAAGAAAAAGCAUCUUAAUUUAGGAAUUUUUUUAUAUUUUUACAGAAAACAAGACAAAAAUACGAAGAAUUUUUUUCCUGAAUUUUUUUUUUUUUUGCAGUGUAUUGACAAAUGACAUAUUAAAGCUCAAUUAUUUAUUACCUUUUGACGAAGUUUUGAAACAAAAAUUGAACUUAAAAUAUUUUGACGUUAUCCCCUCUACUAACCAGUAGAUGGCGCACUUGUUAAGGUUUCUUCUGGCAGCGAUCACCUCUAUUUCUAUCAAAGCAGGACAUCCUUGUGACCUCGUGAGACUGACAGAUUUGAAUUUCACAGUGUAAGGAAUGGAAAAGGGGACGCUGCUGCUUUUAGAUGAAUAAAGUACUUUUUUUGUUUAUUUUGGUCAAGCACAUUUGAAUAUAUUUAAUGCAAGCAAAUAAGUCGAUGUAAUUUAACAAUUAUGCCUUGAGUAAGGCAUAUAACAUUCACCCUGACAUCAGAUUUCCACUUUGCUAAUUCGCAAAAAAAGGAAUUCAGCGCACGUUUUUGUGUGUUUAGUGUUUGUGUGCGUGUGUGUGUGUGUGGUAAAUAUAUUGCAGCUUCAAGGCACAAACCGAGAGGAACUUGUCACCAAAAUGACAAGCUUGGUUGUACCGUAGCUUUCGUUCGAAUCCAUUUAUUUAACGAAUGGAGAAGUCGUUCAAGCCACCUUGAGCGUUGGACUUCAAUGCGAUUGCAGUCAUUUCUGUGUUUAGAAAUGAAAAAUGUUGUAUAAAUGCGUUCAAGUUAUUUUUGUAAAUCAAAAGCAGUUUUACAGUGUUUUUUAAAGAUACGAAUGUAUGCUGUAGGACAGUAAACCAAGUUGAAGUCAAUUGAAUCGAUGGUGGAGUCAGUAUUUUGGGGCGUAGGUUGACCAAGAGAAGCUUCUUAAAAUGUGAGCGUUUCUUGUGAACAAACUCAUUUCUCCAUCGAGAUGGUAUGAUUUAAAUAUAUAUAUAUAUAUUUGUAGUAAGAUUUUUCAAACGUUUGGGAAGUUUAGUUCUGCAACUAAGAUGUUCUUUCUUAAAUGGCAAGUUGUCAAACAGACGGGCCGCCCUAAAUUGCCUAAUUUCUAUUUUUAAAGCUUAAUCAAAGUUUUGACUACCUUUUGUUUUUUUUAUGAUGGUGAUAUCCACCUUCGUUUUCACACACUAAAUCCUCUUAUUUAAUACAGUGGGCUUUGUUUCUUUGUAGCUUACUUACUAUUUUUAUAUGGUAUGUUUUCAUGGAUGUGACAGAGUUACAGUCAACAGCACAUUCGAGUUUGCAUGAGACUGAAACUGUUGCAUGUACAGAACUGACAGAUGCAAUUUACUAAGUCAUAUUUGUGCAUUACUUCUGGCGAAUCGGGCAGUUUGUGGUUCUCUUCAGCUGUAUUUUAUUUGAACUUUUCUCCUUGUUUGAGGGGUGACCCCAGGCUGUGUGACAGUGCAAUCUAGGUGGAAAGAACAUCUGAUUUUUAUGUUAGUUUUUAUUUUAUUUCUCUUACUUUUUGCACCGUUUUAAUAAAAUUCUCAUUGUAUUUAAACACA